CGCAAAAACUGCAGCUAACAACAUGGCGGACGUAUUAGAUCUUCAUGAAGCGGGAGGCGAGGACUUUGCUAUGGAUGAGGAUGGUGAUGGUAAAAUUUAUGAAAUAGUAGUUCUCUGUUUUUUUUUGUUGCUUACCAUGGACUCGCUAAUAGUGCGUUUUUGGGGAGUUUUCGGCUAACUGAGUGAAUAGUAUCGGCAAAUCGUGGAUGCCUGUUGGGCCUCGCAACCAUUCAAACACGCUGGUUGGCUAAUGUAGUGUUGGUAAUAACUUUUUGAAUUGUGCCUAUUUCGUUUAGGAAAAUAGGUGUUAGCUAGCGAAUGUGUAUAGUUGCCACUUUUCAAGUUACGAGUAAAAGGAACUGAAAGAAAGUUUCGUUUGGCAUUGUUAAAAGAUGGCGAUUAGGUUGUGAGCUAACACGUUAGCAGGCUAACGUAACUAACACCAAGGUAGCUAGGUAGGGCAAUUAACGUUAGUUUGUUUGGAAACUGCGAGGUCAAUGUUAAUAACUCGCCAACUACAGAAUCAGCAUUUCUUCUUUCGACUGUUGUAAACAGAUGGUGAUUAGCGUGUGAGCUAACGAACGUUAGAAAGGUAACGUUAGUUAGCUAGAUGACUAGUUUAGCUAAUUUACUAACUACACCAAUCCAAAGAUCAACGUUAUCAUACGUUACUAGCUAAUACCCUUUCAACUUGUAUGUGACCAAUCUAUUUAGCUAACUUAACUACUACACCAGGUGAGGUCAAGGUAAUAACUUGUCAACUAGCUAUUAUACUUUUUUUCUGUCGAGUUAGCUACUGUAGCUAGCUGUCUUUUACCAACGCGUUAGUCUAUUUAUUAGUUAGUUAUAAUGUAGUUAAAUCAGUAGUUAUCACUUUCAGUUGACUAAUGUGUGUCUCUGAUGUUUUCAUUCCCCAGACAGCAUCCACAAGUUAAAAGAGAAGGCAAAGAGGAGAAAGGGACGAGGUUUUGGUUCAGGUGAGUUACCACUGCAGUUCUGACUCCUAACCUGGCUGUAUUCUGCUAAUCCAAUUUUUCCAAUUGUAUGUUUUGGGUAGGAUGCAUGAUGCUAUUUCUUCCCAUUGUUCUCUGCUGUGCUAGAGGAGGGAGCGAGGUCCAGAGUGAGAGAGGACUAUGAUACAGUGGAGCAGGAUGGAGAUGAGCCAGGCCCUCAGAGAUGUAAGUGCCAUGAUCAACCUAGGGUGGACAUUCCUUUGUCAGUCACUUCUGAAUGGGGGGUUGAUUUGAAACUGUGGUUUUGUACAUCAUCCAAUAUGAGUUUAUUGUGUUAUAGCAGGUGGUAGCCCUAGUUAACCAUAGUCAGUUAUUUAACACAGACAUGUUUGUCUUUUGAUUCUUUCAGCUGUGGAGGGUUGGAUCCUUUUCGUGACUGGGGUACAUGAGGAGGCCACUGAGGAGGACAUCCACGACAAGUUUGCGGAGUUUGGAGAGAUCAAGAACCUACAUCUGAACCUGGACCGAAGAACAGGUUACCUCAAGGUUAGGCCGAAUCCCCAUAUCUACACAGCACAUUUUAAAUUAGGGUUUGUUGCUUGGCCUGUUUUGGCAGGAUUCAUUUGCCUGGUUAAUAUAGUGAGUUUCAUAAUUGCUUAAUUUGUUGUACAAUGCUCUUUUAAGCCACACAAGGUGGCAGCAUUACACUGAACAUGGACAAAUGACAAUGUGCUUUUUGUUUGAAAUUGUGACUUGCUUUACAGCAGAGCAGACAUGAAAAUUAUGCGGUGGUGUAAAGUACUUUAAAGUAUUUUGGGGGGGUAUCUUAACUAUUUAUAUAUUUGACAACUUUUACUCCACUACGUUCUUAAAGAAAAUAUGUACUUUUUACUCCCAAACAUUUUCCCUGACACCAAAAAGUAUUUGUUACAUUUCGAAUACUCAAGCAGGACAGAAUUAUGGUCAAAUUCACGCAGCUAUCAAUAAUAACGUGUUGUCAUCCCUACUGCCUCUGAUCUGGCGAACUAACUGAACACAAAUACUGCAUUUGUAAAUUAAGUCUGAGUGUUGGAGUGUGCCCCUGGCUGUCUACAAAAAAUUAUCGUGCAGUCUUGUUUUCUUUAUAAGGAAUUUGAAGUAUAGCAUUUACUUUUACUUCAAGUAUGAUAAUUGAAUACUUUUCCCACCCCUGUACAUUUAAAACAAGAUACUUUUACUGAAGUAGUAUUUUACUGGGUGACUUUUACUUUAGUCAUUUUCUAUUAAAGGUAUCUUUACUUUUACCCAAGUAUGACAAUUGAGUACUUUUCCCACCACUAAAAUUGUUAUUGUCAUUAUUAGUCAAUUGCAGCACAGUUUAAAUGAGAUUGAUGAGGAUUCGACAAGCAUUCUCCUCACCCAUUUUUGGCAUUCCAACAAUAUCUGUACAAUCAUUAAAUGGUUAGUAAGUACAGUGUGCUUAGACUAUAGCAGGGCAUUGAAUUCCACAACACUUCCUGCAGCUGCUCAUCUCAACCUCAAGGCGUCACACGUUCAGGGAAUCCAGUGGGCUGCUUUACCAUUAACUACCUAGCAUGGCGACGCAAAUUAAGAACUAGCCGCAUUUCGUUCACCUCGAUCUGCCAUUUUACGUUGUGGGAUAAUUAGGAAUACAGCGACACCUACCAUGUCUGUAUUGCAGUAUGUUUUCCUGUCCUUUUUAGUCUGGGUUCACAGAGGUACUCAUAUUGACCUGUGACUGUUACGACAAGAAGGGGAAGCCCUUCUCGUCAUAAUAUUUAAGGCUAGAUCUCAUCACUGACUCAUGGAUUUGCACAUCAAUCCUUUUCACAGGGUUAUGCGCUGGUGGAGUAUGAGACGUACAAAGAAGCCCAGGCAGCCAUGGAAGGGCUGAAUGGCCAGGACAUGAUGGGCCAGCCUAUCAGUGUGGACUGGGGCUUCGUCAGAGGACCUCCCAAGAGCAAGAGGAGGUGAGUGUCAUAGUGAGCAGUAGUCUGCUGUGGAGGGUGAUUGUAGGGGUUUGGAGAUGCAAGAACACUUGAAACAAGAUGUGACCCGUUUGAGUCUAUAUGAAGAGGGGAACAGAAUGGGUGCAGGGGUGUGACUUGAAUAAAAAAAAAAAAAAAGAAGAUCUGAUUCAAGUGUAGAUUUACGUGUGUAAAUUUGAAGUGUGUUGUAAAUGGUUUUGUUGCGUUAAACCUUUCCGCUGUUCCCCACAGGGGUGGUGGACGUAGACGUAGCAGGAGUCCAGACAGGCGACGACGUUGAUCCCUUCCCACAUUUGUGAUAUGUAAUAGCGUUAACUUCUCUGAUGGCUCUAUGGUAAUCAACUGUUUAAUUGCAAAUGGCCCUGACAAGUGUGCUUUAGAGUCAAUUAUUAGUAGUUUCAGCAAAAUGUCAGGGUUGCCAUAAUUUUUUUUUAAAUUACUAAAACAAAGAACACCAAAUACACUAUGAUCAGUGAAACUUUGUUUGCUUAAAAAAACUGUUUUAAAGUAGUGAUAUGUUUUCUUAUGGAUCCCUCUAUUCUGUUUCAAGGUUUAAUUUGGUUAUGUUCUGGGCCCUGUUUCCCAAAAGCAUCUUAAAGCUAAGUUCAUUGUUAGAAUCAUAGGA